UUGGAGAGUAUUUCCAAUUCCAAGAAGUCUACUGUGUAUGAUAAAAAACUGAGUGGUUGGUAGGAAAAUGUCAUGAAAUGGAUAAAUCGAUUAUGUGGGGUGUUAUAACUAUUUAUUAGUGCUAUAGAUAAACUUAAUAUCUUCGUGUUUAUUAUCAGUGCGCGUUUUCAUACAUACUGCAGGGCUUGUAAAGGGCAGAAAAGCCAUUGCAUCAUUAUUGUCUUCAAGCACCAACCCCAUCUAAGUGCGACAUCGUAGUGUGAUUUUAGUUAUUGACCAUGGCCUUGUGGACAAAGACGCAAAACCUUCAAGGAGAAGCUCUACAGCAGAUAAGGGCCCUGUAUGGAGAGCACUUUCCAAUAGAAGUACGUCAUUUCCUUGCGCCAUGGAUCGAAGAAAAAAUAAAUGAUAUAAAUCCUGAUAACCAACAACAUGAGCAUUUUGCACACAAUCUAUUCACAUCCUUUCUACAAGAGUUGGAGACGAAAGCUAGCACUUUUGUAACAGAGGAGCUGUUUUUGUCGAAGCUCAAACUUGCCGAAGCUGCUAAAAUGUUCAGGCAACGUUACUGCCAGAACCCACUCAGUUUGUUUCGAAUCAUCAAGCACUGCUUGGACACAGAGAUGAGACUAAUACAUGAGGGAGAAGUGAUGGGGCUGGGUAUCAUGCCGACGGGAGUGGUGGCCGAUAUAACAGCUGUGGAGAUCAUGCAACAACUGGAACUGUUCCGCAGUCGCACACAGAUGACUAGCGAGGACCUGCGGAAAUUGGAGCAAGAACAGGAAUCAUUCGCACUACAUUACCACGAGUGCAACAAACUCAACGCGCAUUUGACUCACUUGCAAGGCUCUCCUCAAAAUCCCCAGAAUGUGGAAGCUGAAAAGAGAAUAAGAAAGCAGAAGGAAAUGUUUGAUCAAGUUCUUAAUCAAAAGGUGGCCAGCCUUAUGCAGCUCCAGAUGGCCCUAGCCGACAAAUUGAAGGAGACAGUAACACACCUGUCGACUCUGCAGUCCCGUAUUCUAGACGAUGAACUUAUUCGGUGGAAGAGAGACCAACAAUUGGCUGGCAACGGAGCAAAGUUCAACAGUAACUUGGACACUAUUCAGGAAUGGUGUGAAAGUUUGGCAGAGAUAAUCUGGCUGAACAGACAGCAGAUCAAAGAGGCCGACAGAUUGAAACAGAAACUGGGCAUCAACCCACCGGGUACUCCAGACAUACUCCCCAAUCUGAGCGUCCAAGUCACGCAACUCCUAUCUUCACUUGUCACAAGCACAUUUAUCAUUGAAAAGCAGCCGCCUCAAGUGAUGAAAACUAACACGAGGUUCACAUCAACAGUGCGCCUUUUGGUGGGGGUCAAGUUGAACGUCAACAUGAACCCUCCAGUGGUGAAAGUUACCAUCAACAGUGAGUCGCAGGCCAAUGCUCUGCUGAAGAACGACAAGAUAGGUAAAGGUGAGGCCAGUGGGGAGAUACUCAAUAACACCGGUACCAUGGAGUAUCAUCAGGCCACUCGUCAGCUGUCUGUCAGUUUCAGAAAUAUGCAGCUGAAGAAAAUCAAACGGGCAGAGAAGAAGGGCACUGAAUCAGUCAUGGAUGAGAAAUUCUCAUUGCUGUUUUCCUCCCAAUUUUCAAUUGGAGGAGGUGAAUUAGUUUUUCAGGUGUGGACUUUGUCACUGCCGGUGGUGGUGAUAGUCCACGGGAACCAGGAGCCCCACGCCUGGGCCACUGUCACAUGGGACAACGCCUUCUCGGAACCAGGCCGAGUGCCGUUUGCUGUGCCAGAGAAAGUGUCUUGGGUACAGGUCGCCGAGGCCCUCAACAUCAAGUUCACCGCAGCAACUGGUCGCCCACUGUCCGAGGACAACCUGAGGUUUCUUGCUGAGAAAGCGUUCAGGGCCCAACACACAGAUUACAACAGUCUUUCCCUGAGUUGGUCGCAGUUUUGCAAGGAGCCCCUUCCUGAAAGGAAUUUCACCUUCUGGGAGUGGUUUUAUGCUGUAAUGAAACUGACCAGGGAGCAUCUGAAAGGCCCUUGGAUGGAUGGAUUAAUAAUGGGAUUUGUCCGCAAAAGACAAGCAGAGGAAAUGUUGUCGUCUUGUGCGAGUGGGACAUUCCUUCUCCGCUUCUCUGACUCCGAACCAGGUGGCGUGACCAUUGCUUGGGUGGGCGGAGAGUCAUCAGAAGUAUUCAUGCUGCAGCCAUUUACCAGCAAAGACUUCACAAUCCGUUCCCUUGCCGAUCGGAUAUCCGACUUGCCUCACUUGGUCAACCUCUACCCUGACAUCUGUAAAGUGACGGCCUUCAGCAAAUACUACACACCUUUCACAGAGAACCAGCCAACAUCGAACAACGGAUACGUCAAGCCUCUUUUGGUAACACACAUUCCGGGUAUGGGAGGACAGCCUGGUAGUAACAUCAACAGUUACCCCAACACACCGCAGACAAUGUUCCAGCCACAGUCUCCCGACACAGCUUCCGUCAUGUCAGACCCUGUCAGUUACCCCUAUGGUCCGGGUGACAUGGAUUACAAUGAAUUCAUGAGCAACCUGCCGGCGUUUGACGAGGUGAACGUGGAUCAACUACCGGGCGGUCUCAAUUUCUUCGAUCUCAUGAGCCAGUACCAGAACAGCCAGACGUGAACCGGGUCACUGUCGCCGCCGGGAUGGUUAGUUAGCAAGAAAAUCUUGCAACUCUAGUGUGAUGUCCACAACUGGAAAGCAUUUUGAUGUCACAAAUAAGAUGAUCCACCAGUUCAUCUGCUGAAGAUGUCUAUACAUUUUAAAAUGUUUUUAAUUACUGACUAAAUUACGUGGUUUAAAUAUUUUUAUUGUAUAAGAAAACUUAAUUUGAAAAUAGCUUUCAAGAAAUAUGACUGUAGGAAAUAUAUGAAAAGUUAAAAGUUGUUAGCGUUAUCACAAACGUUCAGAUGUUAGGUGAAUGAUUCUUAGAAAUAUACUCAGUUAAGAAAACACAUAUAAAGUUAAAUAAUAUCAAUAUAUUGUUGAUAAUAUUCAGUGCAAAUGGUGUCCUUGAGAAUGUUAAAAUAAAUAACUGUAAGCAUUGUAGAAAGCUUUACAAUGUUAGUAAAUAUAAAGCAGCAAUA